UGAUAAAUUGUUUGAAAUAAACGGAAUAAAGUAUCGAAUAAUCGACACGCCAGGUCUAGGCGAUACAAAAUUGUCAAAAAUUGAAACCCUCCAAGAGAUAGCCAAAGUAUAUGAUAAAGUUAAAGAUGGGUUAAGUCAAGUUUUAUUUUUAAGCAGUGGUAGAUUUACUCCCGAGGAGGUGGAAACUUAUAAUACUUUAAAAGAAAUACUUUUUGAUGAAAACAUUACUAAGUAUACCACUAUUGUUCGCACUAAAUUUGAUAGUUUUGAAGAUGAAGAGAAGUGUAAAGAAGAUAUUCAAUCAUUACUGGCGGAAAAUAAUAAAGCAAUUACCGAAAUGAUUGAAUCAUGUGAUAAAAGAAUAAUUCAUACCGACAAUCCACCAAUAAAUAUCAGUGGAGGAGGAAAAAGAACCGAGAUGAAGAUUAUUCUUAAUAAAGAAACUCGUGAAUUAUCGAGAGAAAAAUCACUAAACCAUUUAGCCAAAUGCAACCAAAUCUACAAACCAGAAAGCAUAGAGGUGUUAAAUAAAAUCGAACUAAAAGAGCGAUAUAAAGCUUUUGGACUAUGCCAAGAAUAUGGAGUUAUUUUAAAAAGUUUAAAUGACUCCCAGGACAUAACCGCAGAUUUUUUGCGGGAGGUGGCUUAUUAUAAACUCUUCAAAGAUGAUUAUGACGGAGUAGUCAAAUGUUUUGGAAUUUCCCAAGACCCUGCUACUAAGGAUUAUAUUAUGGUAAUGGACUAUAUAAAAAAUGGUGAUUUACGAAAAUAUUUAACUAAAUAUUACCAUAAAUUGGAUUUUCACAAUAAACUUGGUCAAUUAUGUCAUUUGGCUAAGGGGUUGAAUAACAUUCAUCGGCAAGGCUUAUGCCGCCCAGUCAAUGAAACCAACCAAGAAGAAAAAAUUUACGGGGUCUUGCCUUAUGUGGCACCCGAAGGCAAAAAGGCUACUGAAUUUUACCAGCAAUACCUGGAAACCGAAGAACUUAACAAAACUCUAACUUCUAUUCCUAAUAGUAUACCUUAUCAAAUUGAUUCCCAAACUUAUACUAGCAGACUUUUGGAUACUGAUAAUCUCCCCCCACCUCAAAAUAGUCGGGAAAUUAAUGAGAAAUUUUAUGAAUUAUACUCGCCAUCUCUGCCCUAUGACUUUGCUAAUCUCGACUUGGAAGAAAGUAUUGAGGAUUGGAAAUACGUUAGAUAUGAAGAUGCUGAAUGGGUUUUGAAUUAUGGCAACGAGAAGGAAUUAAGAGAAGAACAUAAAAAAUUUAUGGACUCUCAACUUAGUUCAGAGGUAAUUAAACAAAUAAAAAAAGUCGAGAAUACCACUUAUUUUACCGAGCAAGAUAAAAAAAUUGCUACUUUGUCGGGAGAACAGAAAGAACAAGUCGAAGAACAAGAGAAAAAAUGUAACGAAAUAAUACCUGAAGAAUUAAAGGAAAGAUAUAAGGAAUAUGGACUAUGUAAGAAUUGUAACAAACUUCUUGAAUAUGGUCAUAAUAAGCAGUAUAAACAGUGUCAACCUUGCAAUUUCCGUCAGUUUUAUUACCGAGACACUUUUAUGCAGUUUUUAGUACGAGAAAAUUUACGGAGUAAUGACCUAUGUCGCUCCGGAAGUAUUACAAGUGGUAAUAAACAGAUUAGUGGUAAUUGA